AAACGCCGGAGCCGCGGGGCCUGCGGAGGAGGCCAGGGAGGAGGAUCUGCGCUGAGGACUGUGCUGGGGACUGUGCUGGGGACUGUGCUGGGGAGCUAGGACGCGCACUUUGGCGCUCGGACGCGCACUUCGACGCACGCGGCCCCCGCCCCAGGUCGGGCUGGGAUUGGCCGGUCCGCGGCUUCCCCGCCCCCAGUCAAUUGCCGGCUAGGUCUUCCGGGGGGGGGAGUUUCUUUCCUUACCUCUCGUUUCUUUUCGCGAGACCGGAGCCAGAGGUUUGGGAUCGCCCAGUGGCCGUCGGCGCGAGGAGGCCGAGCUCCGCACCACCGCGAUGAGGCCCCGGGAAGCCUGGCUGCUCGUUCUGCUCUUAGCCCUGGCGCAGCUGCUGGCAGCGGCGAGCGCAGAGGGCCCGGAUGAAGAUUCUUCUAAGAAAGAGGAUGCCAUUGAGGAGGAAGACGAGGAGGAGGAAGAUGACGAGGACGAGGACGAUGGCGAUGACUUGGAAGUUAAGGAAGAAAAUGGUGUCUCAGUCCUAAAUGACGCGAACUUUGAUAACUUCGUGGCUGACAAAGACACGGUGCUGCUGGAGUUCUACGCUCCAUGGUGCGGGCAUUGCAAGCAGUUUGCUCCAGAAUAUGAAAAAAUCGCCACUACCUUGAGGGAGAAUGACCCUCCCAUUGCUGUCGCCAAGAUCGACGCGACCUCAGAAUCGGCGCUGGCCAGCAGGUUUGACGUGAGUGGCUAUCCCACCAUCAAGAUCCUUAAGAAGGGGCAGGCUGUCGACUACGAGGGCUCCAGGACCCAGGAAGAAAUUGUGGCCAAGGUCAAAGAGAUCUCCCAGCCCAACUGGACACCUCCACCAGAAGUCACACUCGUGCUGACCAAAGAUAACUUCGAUGAGGUGGUGAAUGACUCAGGCAUCAUUCUGGUGGAGUUUUAUGCCCCGUGGUGUGGACACUGCAAGAAACUGGCCCCCGAGUAUGAGAAGGCCGCCAAGGAGCUGAGCAAGCGCUCUCCCCCAAUCCCCCUGGCGAAGGUCGACGCCACCGCAGAGACAGACCUGGCCAAGAGGUUCGACGUCUCCGGCUAUCCCACCCUGAAAAUCUUCCGCAAGGGAAAGCCCUUUGAUUACAACGGCCCACGGGAAAAAUACGGGAUCGUCGACUACAUGAUCGAGCAGUCCGGGCCACCCUCCAAGCAGAUCCUGGCCCUGAAGCAGGUCCAGGAGUUCCUGAAGGAUGGAGACGAUGUCAUCAUCGUUGGGGUCUUUAAGGCGGAGAGCGACCCAGCCUACCAGCGGUACCAGGACGCUGCUAACCACCUGAGAGAGGAUUACAAAUUCCACCACACUUUCCACACUGAAAUAGCCAAGUUCUUGAAAGUCUCCCCGGGGAAGUUGGUCAUCAUGCAGCCUGAGAAAUUCCAGUCCAAAUAUGAGCCCAAGAGCCACGUGAUGGACAUCCAGGACUCCACGGAGAGCUCGGCCAUCAAGGAGCACGUGUUGAGGCACACGCUGCCCCUUGUCGGCCACCGCAAGUCUUCCAACGAGGCCAAGCGCUACUCGCGGCGCCCCCUGGUGGUCGUGUACUACGGCGUGGACUUCAGCUUCGACUACCGCGUCGCCACUCAGUUCUGGCGGAACAAGGUCCUGGAGGUGGCCAAGGACUUCCCCGAGUACACCUUUGCCGUGGCCGACGAGGACGACUUUGCCACGGAGGUGAAGGACCUGGGGCUGAGUGAGAGUGGGGAGGAGGUGAACGCGGCCAUCCUGGACGAGGGCGGCCGCAGGUUCGCCAUGGAGCCCGACGACUUCGAUGCCGACGCCCUCCGCGCCUUUGUCAGCGCCUUCAAGAAAGGAAAACUGAAGCCAGUUGUCAAAUCCCAGCCGGUGCCCAAGAACAACAAGGGGCCGGUCAAGGUCGUGGUGGGGAAGACCUUCGACUCCAUCGUGAUGGACCCUAAGAAGGACGUCCUCAUCGAGUUCUACGCCCCCUGGUGCGGGCACUGCAAGCAGCUGGAGCCCGUGUACGCAGCCCUGGGCAAGAAGUACAAGGGACACAAGAAUCUGGUCAUCGCCAAGAUGGAUGCCACGGCCAACGAUGUCACCAACGACCGCUACAAAGUCGAGGGCUUCCCCACCAUCUACUUCUCCCCCAGCGGGGACAAAAAGAACCCAAUUAAAUUUGAGGACGGAAACAGAGAUCUGGAGCAUUUGAGCAAGUUUAUAGAAGAACAUGCCACAGAACUGAGCAGGGCCAGGGAAGAACUUUGAAGGCCUUGAGGGUCUGCUCAGGGCAAGCGCGGCAGGGACCAGACAGCGAAGCUUCCAGCACUCGGCAUUGGAGCCUGAGCCAGCUGCGAGCCCGGUGGGCUUGCUCAAAGGCAGUCUGUCAAGGUGUUUUGGUUUGUCUUGUGUUUUAAUUUUUUAUACUUUGGUAUUUCACCUUAUGCUCUGAUACUGAAUAGAUACGAAUGACUCAGUAGAUUAGUCCAGAAUUUUACAGAGGAUACAUCUAUUUUUACCAUUAUUUGGGGUUUGAUUUUUUUUUAACUUUUUCAUCUUCUUUAAUAUAUUUCUUCAAAGCAGACAGUUGAAUCUCUUCUGUGUGAAUGUUUUUCUCUGUUUUUAAUUUAAAAUUUAAGAAGCCUUUGCCAAAUCACGUCGACUUUUCCUUUUUGUUUGAUUGUCACCUGAGGAAAGCUUAGCUGAAGAUGGGACUGUUGGUGUUUGGUUUUUUUUCUUUCUGUUGUGGCACAAAGUGAGAACUGUCGCCGAGCACCCUGCUGAGGACGUCAUUCCAGCCCGACUGAUCUGCCACCUGGUCCAGGGAGAAACAGCAUCUCUGCGGGCCUGGGCGUCACCGUGCCUUCUCCUCCCAAAUCGAGGACCGCAGGCAGGAGCGUUUCCCAGGUGCUCCCAGACCCUGAUCCGAGGCUCAGCCUCCGAGAGGCCGCCUGCCUCUUCAGAACCGCUGUGGCCAAGGAGAGAUGAGCUGGGGCACAGGUGGAGACUUUAGGGUGAUAGGACGAUAGGGUAGGCUGUUGUGAUGGAAUAAAGAAAGGAUUCAAAAUGAACCUCCAUCACCGUCCUAGAGAACACGGUCCCGCCCUGGAGCCUCAGCAUGCUGGAGAUGGAGAGGCCGGGCCUGGAGGGGAGGCUCCCUGCCCGGCCUGCCUGAACAUCCAGGGGUGGGGUGACAUCCCGACCCGGGUAGGGGCAUCGAUGGGCUCUGCUCUUGGUUGUUUGUGGGUGGGCAGUGGUGCACUCUGUCGGGAGGGGGCAGGGGUGGAGGGCAAGGCCCUGAGCACUUCUGGAGGCUGGAGGGAGGGGACAGGACAGGACAGCACGGGAAGCUGGACCGGCCUGCAGGGUUCUGGGCGAUUUGUGUGAUGUGAGCUUCAUUCUGGGAGUUCAUUCACCGAGAUGUGCCAUCCCCGCUCACCUGUUCCUAAUUUUGCUGAAACAGAAAUCGUGAGCUGGGGGCGUCUCUUCGAACAGUGGCUGGUGGGUUUGCUGCAGGGGUUGGGUGGGGCAAGAAGCAGCCCCAGGGGAAGGGACAGCCGUGGUGGGCCUUUCUAGAUGAUGUGCUUUCAAGUUGAGUCUGGCCAGGGUGGGCGGGGGUGUCUGGUAAGUCCUCAGAAUCCCCAGUGUGGCAGGAAGUCCUCUGCACCCUCCUGGAUGCCCUCUUCCCUCAGGAGGACAAGCAGGCCCCCUUCAGAGACUUUGUGCCAGAAGCUCACAGGAGUAAAUGUGGGUGUGGGGCUUGAAGGCUUUUUUUUUCCAACCGAGAGGCACACUCCUCCAGCACCGCCUCGGGCUUCCGUGCUGGUCUGGGAGACCUCGCACAGCACACGUGAGGCCUGGGCUCUAGGAGGGAAUAAGUGUGGUCUCAUUUGAAGUGAGGUGUCGGGAAAGCCCUUUUUGAAGUGAUGUUUGAGCUGAGACCCAAGGAUGAGUUGGCUGGAGCCCGGCAGAGGUUGGGAGUGAGUCAUUUCUCAGUGUGUCCCGGGACCUGCAGCGUUGACACUACUUGGAUGUUUGUCAGAAAUGCACGAUCUUGGGCUUGGCCCCAGACCUGCUGAGUCAGAAUGCAUUUUAAGAAGAUCCCAGGAGACUCAUGCCUAGUGAAUGCAAAGGCGGAAGUCAAAAUGUAUCCUCUUCUGAAAUAGAAUCUGGAAACCAAGUUGCCCAAUGGAGUGUCAGGUAAACUCACCCUAUAUCGACUGUAGAGAGUAGACCCCUGGGAGAGAAUCUACCCCAGGCUGGUUAGGGAGCUGAUAGGUUGCUAAAGGAGACAGGUGAGUCCGCCGAUGACAGUCCAGUGCGAUCAGUGCCAGGGUAAAGAUGUGCAGGCAACGGGAGCCCAGAUGGCAGGCACUGGCCCAGCCUGGGAGCCUGAGCAGCCCUUCAGAGAGGCUGACCCGGGAGCCACAAGGAAGAGGUGAACUUUCCAGGUUGAGGCAAAGCAGGUGCAGAGGGACAGAGGCGAGGGAGGGAAGCAGUGAUGCGAAAGGAGGUGGAGCUGGUCCUGGAAGAGGCGGGUGCCCUAAGUCAGGAGUUUGACCUUGUCCUAGAACUUUGCAGGGAACCCCUGAUGGUUUUAAGCAGGGAAGUGCUGCGAUCAGAUUGAGAGAUUAAUCAUGGGAGUGACAGGUAACAUUUAUUGGGCAUUUAGCAAAAGCCAGACCCUGUGUCCAGCAGUUUGCCGGAUUAUCCCAGUGCAAGUGAUCUGCAAGGUAGGUGCUCUUGUGCUCACUUUACAGCUGAAGACAGGAAGGGGGCAUGUGUCUGCAAAUGCGAAGCUGGGGUGUGCUGCUCCCCCACCCCAGUUGUGCCAUUGCAUCUCCCUUGUAGACAACGCAGUCUAGUAGCAGGGGAGCCAGGGCCGGCUGCAAAGGAGGGUGGGCUGCAUUUUGAGUACUGAGUGGGCUUUAGCGGUUAAGGGGUCUGCAGGAGCCGGCGCUGAUGGGAGGUUGAGGGUGGGUGAGUGGACGCAAGAAGACUGGUAUCACAUCCAGUGUCUGAAUCAACUUUUUGUUAUUUAAUUAUGAAACAUCUCAAGCAUCCACAAAAACGGAGAGAAUUGGCUACUCGGUGCCCUUUACUCAUCAUUCACCUAAAACAAUUACCAAAAUUUUGCUACAUUUUCAUAUCCCCCCGUUUUUUGGCCACACCCAGUGCAUGUGGGGUCUUAGUUCCCCGACCAGGGAUCGAACCUGUGUCCCCUGCAUUGGAAGCACAGAGUCUUAACCACUGGGCCACCAGGGAAGUCCCUCAUGUCCCCCCACCCCGCACCCCCCACCCCUAUGACAGCCAAGACGUCGUUUCACCCCUGCACUGGAGAACGCAUUGUCCUACAGGGCCUCGGCGCCUUUUCACAGCCACCAAAAUAAGCCGUAAUUCCUCAGUACCCAGUCCAGAUCCCCCAAUUUUCUCAAACAUCUUUUUGCAGUUGGUCCGUUUGAAUCAUCAGCACUGCCUGCCUUGUAGUUUUGUCUCUUAAAUGUCAACUAGAGCACUUCUGUCACCUCUUUUUUCCCCACAACUGUCCCAGUUUCAGGAAAAAAAAACGACGAGAGAUCUCUUGGGUCACGUGUUUUGCACGAGUUUGAGGAAUGUUCGAUGGUCGCUGUCUUGGUGGUGUGUCUAGUAGGUACGGAAACUGGCGAGGUCCGGAUGGAGGAAACAGUAGCAAGUCUUAUAAGAUUGAUGAUCGGUGCCUUGGCCGCGUGCCUUCUAGGUGCCCGGGACCCAGCAUCCGUUCUGAGUCAUCAAAGCUGCAACCCAGGCUGACUGCUCUCAGGCUGUGUGGCUUUAUAAGUUACUUAACUCCUCUCAGAGUUUGUUUUCCUGUCUGUAAGGUAGAGACACAGCCUCCUUCGCAGGGUAUUCGUAAGGAUCCAAUGCAGUAGUGUGUGCACGGGUUUCCGCACAGAACGUCAGCCACCCUGAGACGCGAAAUCUGAGGCCUCUCCCCUUUCUAUUGGAACUGCUUAUCUCUUUGUCUCUCCCGCCUGUUCUGAUGGGCCAGGAUGGAACCAUAGAUCAGACACAGGUAGACCCCAAAUGGGAGGGUGUGGGUCUGUGUGUGUAUAAAACAGAUUCCUGAACCCUAAUUCUGGCCUAGGGAAUCAGAUCGGCAGGGUUGCUGCGUACUUUCUGAUUUCAAAAACUUCCAAAUAUGAUCACAUUUCACCUGAAACAUAGGCAGGUCAGGUAUUAUGACCUCCAUCACAUAAUAAAGGAGGUGGAGAUCAGAGAGACAAUAAUUUGCCCAAAGUCACACAGUAAACUGAGAAGCCAGAACGAGAACUCAGAACCAGUGUUGUUUCUACAGCAGCAUCUCCCAAGGUGUGUUGGCAGAACACUCAUGAAGGAGACUAAUACAUGCUUCAUUAACGUUGGAUUCUGUUGGUAAUUUGGCUUGGGAAAUACUGGAACUAAAAGAUGCUUCAAUGGGGUUCUUGUUGAAGAAGCUUGGAGCCUGUAAGGCACCAGCAUGCUGGAGACUCCAGGAGCAGGUGGAACUUGCCCUGGCUUCUCUCCUGCGUGGAUCCUCAGGGCUCCACCUUGACGCCCUCUCCUAGUGCCAAGCCUCGUUAGUGCAUUUUACGAGAAUACGUGAGCCCUUGGCUCGUUCCCCAGGUCCCGAGGAAGUACUGGUGCCUUCCUUCUCUUCUGUAUCCAUCCUCCUCAAUGUGGACCCACCCUAGGGUGAGGGAUGUGGGCCAGGAAGUGCUCCAGGAGCCCAAGGACAAGCCUGACCCUUGAGCCCAUCUCGGUGCACAUCAGUAGCAACGUUACAGGUGUAUUUCCCCCCAUCUUCAGAAGAGCCUUCAGCUGGAGCAAAGGAAUUAAACCCUGAGAGGCACGUUACUGUGUCUCCUUGAUUCCUAUUAUGACGAAUCAGAGGUACUGAAAAUGAAUUCUCUGGCACCUGUACUAUGGUAAAGCAUCGCUCCUACUGUAAGUCUGUCCUGUUACCCACAUGGCCCUUGGCCAGCUGUGCUAAGCACCGGACUUGGGAAAGCUGAAGUGAGAUUUGGGAGCACCCAGGGCGAGCCCAGAAUGAAACACCAUUUGAGUGAACCAGUGGAGAACCUCAGAGGCUUGAGGGCCAGGCAGGGAAGGGCUCCGCUGCCCUUACCUCCCCCUUCGGAGUCAGCCCCAGACAGAAUGAGCACGGUUCUCUAAAUCGUCGUGUUCCCACCUUAGAUUACGGAGAUACUGGGGCAGAGAAAGGACAAAGGACCACUUGUUGGCAAAGACUGAGAGAGGGCCUUUUAGAAAGCAGUGGCUGUGGCUGGGAGAAGAAAUGUGGAAAACGAGCUUCUGUCUGUUCCUUCUGGCGUUUCUCAAAAAAAGAAGUGUGAGCUCAGCUCAGGUUGGAUUGAAAACUGAUGCCUCUAGAGACUUAAAAGGCCUUCGAGCUCAGAGGUUGAAAAGUCCAGUGUUCAAGGGACCUGGGUGGUAAGUUGCGUGCAUGAAGGGGCUGGAUGCGGGCGAUAGGGAGUGGUGGUGACCAGGGCACACCUGAGAUUCCGUGUCUCACCUGAAGGGGGCGCUUGCUGCCUGUAGGACUCUGGGCCUGCUGUUGCCAUUCUGAUUUUUCAAGAAAAGCCAGACAUUUUAAAUGUGAAAUCCCCUAAUUUUUAAGUGUCGAGUCUAAUUCAGAUUAUCGUAUCAAUACUGUGUGGGCCAAAGAAAAGGCAUCUGAGGGCUGGGCUUGGUUAGAAACUGCAGAUCUAAAUAAAUCCUACCCCCCCCCCCCA